CAGAAACACAGAUGUUUCCAGGUACAAAGCCCCCAGAACUGGCUUCUCUACCCACUGAGCCCUGUCCCGACUUAUCUCCUGCUCUGACUGCUCCACCCUUCACAGAAUUCAGGCCUCGGCCUGUCAUCACCCCAUGCCCAGAACCAGAAAGGCCCCCCCUCCCAAGUUCCCCCUACCCUUUCCCAAGAUUCGGUGCCCUUUCUCACCAGGCCCGUCCCUAUGUCUCCCCAGGCUGUGGGCAGCCCCGGAUGUCUGGCCGCAUCGUGGGCGGGAGGGAUGCCCGGGAGGGGGAGUGGCCAUGGCAAGCCAGCCUGCAGUACCGCUGGGCCCACGUGUGCGGGGCCUCGCUCAUCUCUCGCCAGUGGGUGCUAACCGCAGCUCACUGCUUCUCAAGACCGGUGAGGCUGUCAGAGUACACAAUUCGCCUCGGGGAGUUGCGCCUGGCUCGGCCCUCACCUCAAGCCCUCUCUCUGCAUCUGUUACGAAUUGUGCUCAAUGCCAACUUCACGGAAGACGGGGCCCAGGGAGACAUCGCACUUAUUCAGCUCCUCCGACCAGUAUCAUUCAGUGCCCAUGUCCUGCCGGUCUGCCUCCCUGGACCCAGAAGCCCGCCACCUCCAGGCACCCCGUGCUGGGUCACUGGCUGGGGCAGCCUCCGGCCGGGAGUGUCACUGCCUGCCUCCAGGCCCCUGCAGGGAGUCCAGGUCCCGCUGAUAGACAGACGGACCUGUGACCGGCUUUACCACGUGGAUUCCGACACCUCCCUCACCGAGCCUAUCGUCUUGCCUGGCACCCUAUGUGCAGGCUAUGCCAGAGGCAGCAAGGAUGCCUGCCAGGGAGAUUCUGGGGGACCCCUGGUGUGUAUCCAGUCUGGUCGAUGGGUCCUUGAAGGUGUGGUGAGUUGGGGCAAGGGAUGUGCUUUACCCAACCGCCCAGGUGUCUACACCAGUGUGGCCUACUACUGGCCCUGGAUCCAGGCCCACUUGGGCACUUCAGCCCUGCAGGCCCACCACCAUGUGACCAGUCAUCCCCAACCCCACCAAUUUUUGCACUUUUUCCUUCCUAAUUUCUAAAAAUGGUCAACUCAGCUCAGUGUGUCGGGAAAGUGAAAUAGGGAGGGAAGAGACACUAUCUGCCACAGAAAAUGGGAUGAUGGCUCUUUCAGGGAGUAAUAGUGACGAAUGUCUGGAUCCCUCCCCCACUUUCCUGACCACCUCAAGGGACCAACUGAUCUCAGGAUCUUCUUCCCACUUCUAGAAUUGCUCCUUUUUUUUUUUUUUUUAAACCUAGUUCUGUCCCUGGGAAAUUCAGAGCUAAUAAUUUUAACCUAAGGUGCCUAAUAAAGUUGAAUAGACUCCUAAACU